AUGGAGACUAGAGAAACAAAACCAGUGAUCUUUCUCUUUGCUUUCCCUUUACAAGGUCACUUAAACCCAAUGUUUCAACUUGGCAACAUCUUAUUCAACAGAGGCUUCUCCAUCACUGUGAUCCACACUGAGUUCAACUCUCCAAACUCAUCCAAUUUCCCUCACUUCACUUUCGUCUCCAUACCCGACGGUUUAUCUGAAUCCGAAGCAACGAAUCCCGAUGUCAUCGAUAUUCUCCAUGACCUCAAUUCCAAGUGUGUUGCUCCUUUUGGUGAUUGCUUAAAGAAGCUCAUGUCUCAAGAACCAACUUCAACUUGUGUGAUUGUAGAUGCUCUCUGGUACUUCACUCACGAUUUAACCGAGAAAUUUGGUAUCCCGAGGAUUGUUCUCCGGACGGUUAAUCUCUCAGCUUUUGUAGCUUUCUCAAAGUUCCAUGUCUUAAGAGAGAAAGGGUAUCUUUCUUUACAAGAGUCUCAAGCAGAUUCACCGGUUCCGGAGCUUCCAAAUCUUAGAAUGAAAGAUCUUCCAUGGUUCCAGACAGAGGAUCCAAGAACAGGGGAUAAGUUACAGAGAGGUGUGAUGAAGUCACUAAAGUCUUCCUCAGGAAUCAUAUUCAACGCAAUCGAAGAUCUUGAACCAGAUCAGCUCGAUGAAUCUCUCAGAGAAUUCCCGGUCCCACUCUUCUGUGUUGGACCAUUUCACAGGCGCGUUUCAGCUUCGUCGAGUAGCUUACUUACGCAAGACAUGACCUGUCUCUCUUGGUUAGACAAGCAAGCACCGAAAUCCGUGAUCUACGCAAGUCUUGGAAGCCUUGCUUUGAUCGAUGAAUCCGAAUUCUUGGAGAUCGCUUGGGGUCUAAGCAACAGCAACCAACCUUUUCUAUGGGUGGUUAGACCCGGUUUGAUCCACGGAACCGAAUGGAUCGAGUUUUUACCUAAAGGGUUCAUCGAAAACCUCGAGGGUAGGGGUAAAAUCGUGAAAUGGGCUCCUCAGAUGGAGGUUUUAGCACACCGCGCAACAGGCGGAUUCUUGACGCAUUGUGGAUGGAACUCGACGAUUGAGAGCAUAUGUGAAGCUAUACCAAUGAUAUGUAAACCUUCUUUUGGAGACCAAAGAGUGAAUGCUAGGUACAUUAGUGAUGUUUGGAAGAUCGGUUUGCAUUUAGAGAACAAGACUGAGAGAGGAAAUAUCGAAAAAUCGGUUAGAACGCUAAUGACGAGCUCGGAAGGAGAAGAGAUGCGGAAGAGGAUCGUGCCGAUGAAAGAAACUGCUGAAAAAUGCAUUAAGCUUGGAGGUUCUUCACAUCGGAAUCUUGAAAACUUGAUUGCUUAUAUUUUGUCUUUCUAA